UGAAAACAAAUCUUCGUUAGUGCGAUUUUUACAAUAUAAUCAUAAAAUUAAACAUUUCAAUGUCGAAUAUCGAGGAAGAACUAAUCAUAGCACCAUGGGUUGGACCCGGCAGUUGCCGAAAAUUGUUAACCAUCAUCAUUUUAUCAUCAAACGUAGAAAUCAUUGAAAGAAUAGAAGAAGCGCUUUCUGAGAUUCAUUCGAAAGGAAAUUUCAGGUGGAAACUUUUAAUUUUGCGCUCAUUCCAUCUCGAAGAAGUUGUCAGACAGUCUGAUUUGACAGGAAAAAUUGCUAUAGAUUUUGUUGUAAUAGCAAUGGACACAAGUAGUUUGUUCUGUUUAGAAUGGACCAAAAAAGUUCUAAGCCAGGUUCAUCCAGAUCUCCUAGCUCGCCGUGUUGUAUUAGUGAAUGCAAGUGGAUUACCAAUUAACAGUAUGGCGACAAAUGCCGGUGAUCUCCUCAGCUUUCAAGCAGACUCCAAGAUUGACCUGAUGACUGCCAAUGUGUACAAACCAGAAGAAGCCAGAUUCUUGGCUAGAAAACUACUAAAAUAUGUUGAAGUCUCAAUAGGAAUCAAAACUGGAAUACCUAAUUUAAAUAUAUGAUUUAUGGUA